CACUUUAAUUUGGGCUUAUUUUGUCAUCAGACACACUGUAUGUUGGUGUUUUGCCACCUUGACAUGCCUAUUUCGUAUUUUUACCGGAGUUAAGCGAAGAUUGACAUUGGAAUUCCCAACCAAACGUCCCGAUUUAAUUGGAUAAUAUCAACGAUGACGCAAUCAACCAGUUUGCAAUGCCUGCAUUAGGCUUAAACCCUCAGAUAGACUUUGAUGGCAGCAUCAAUGAGUUGCCUGGUAAUGUUUUCAUCAAGAUCAGAGAAUUAUUAGAUCGUAACCCUGCUGACAAGGACUGGCGGGCUCUCAUAAGAUGUGUGGAAAGUAACCCCAAAUACAAAAUCAGCAAUGUGUCAGUUGAGCAAUGGUCUCCUGCCAUUAGCCAUGAAAGUCCUGGUGGGAAGCUGCUAACAGAGCUGGGAUCCAGAGGAAUGCGGGUUGGUGAACUGAGAGAAAAUCUGGAAAAGAUCAAUAUUGAUACCUUUCAAUUGGGAUUGUCACCAUAUGAGGCUAUCAGGUUAAUAACAUCACCUUCAACGUCAAAAGAUCUUUAUGAUGGCGACACUUUAGAGCUCGUUAUCGAGGCAACAGGACGGCCUCAUCCUCGCUACCAGUGGUUCUUCUGUGAAAACGGCAAAAAUGACUUUAAAAAGCUGCAGGGGUACAACCAGGCAAUAUUAAGGAUACAGCAUAUCACACAGCAGAAUGCUGGUGGCUACUCUUGCCAGAUACACAACUGUGGGGACCCAAACAAGACGGUCCUUACUAAACUGACAGUAGUGUCCGUGUCACCCAAUCCCAGGGUUGCCAAUGGACUCCAUCCCCCAGACUCUGGCGACUUUAUCUACAUGUUCAGUCAGCUGAGCGCAGUUGAUCCUGACCAUGUUGCAGCCUUGGUUAAUGGUCUGCAAGACAGGUCCGCAGACUAUGGAUCUGCGUUGGAGUCCAUCACACAAAUACAGUACAAACUGAUCACCGGUCACCCUCAAGAUAUCACAGUAACCCUUGGUCAGUCUUUCAAGUUGUCAGUGAAAACUAGUGGGGAUCCGCCGAUACAUUACCAGUGGUACAGGAAUGGGGUCAAGCUUGAAGAUGGACAAGGGCCAACAUACAAUGUGAUAUGUGCUGACAAAGAGGACAUGGGCAGCUACUACUGCAUUGUCAACAAUGGAGUCAAGAAGGAGCAGUGUAGGACAGCCCAGGUCAAAGAAACUAUCAAGACAUUAGAGGCUGACAUCACAAUCAUAUCGCACCCACAGUCUGUGGACUUGUCAUUCGGUGGCAGCGCCCUCUUUAGUGUGGAAGCUCAGUGUCAUCUACCACUAAGCUACCAGUGGUUCAAAGAUGGUGCUCCGAUCACUGGCGAGACUGGAUCAGAUUUGAAGAUCGUGAAUAUUCAGGAGCAGGUGAAGCAAGGCCUGUACCAGUGUGAGGUUUCCUUGGCAACACCUGUAGCAGGCAUCGAGAGAAAGCGCAAACUCAGCAAAUCAGCAUUCCUCAGGCUGAAGAUCCCUGCUGUGACCGACAACAUUAUGUACAACCCUUCUGACAAAGUUGCUCUCCUGAUUGGAAAUUCUGAUUACAAAUCAGAAAUAAAACUGGCGGCCCCGAAGUCUGACGUUCACGAUCUGGCAGAGCAACUUGCCAGCAUGGAUUUCAGGGUCGUGACCUUGUUAAACCUGACCAAACCGGAAAUCGAAAAUGCCGUGAUGGAAUUCAGUAGACUCAUUGGACCGAAUGUUUAUGUUUUGUUUUAUUUCUGUGGACACGGUUUCGAAGAAAAUGGCAUAUCAUUCCUUGUGCCGACAGAUGCCCCAUCAAUGUAUUCUGCAGAGGAAUGUGUCAACGCGUUUUCAGUCUUAGAUAAUUUUCAGCGGAAACAGCCUGCUCUCAUUUGCAUGAUAAUCGACAUCUGCAGACGAGCAGGAAAAGUAAAGUCUAAUGCACACCCGUCCCUGUUUGAUCAGAAAGUGAGCAAGGGAAAUACAAUCUACUGUUAUGCAACGAGUCCAGGCUUGGCUGCCUUUGAAGACAAGAACCACGGUCUGUUGCUCUACCAUCUAAAACCACUGAUCUGCAAACCUGUUGGAAUAGAAAAGCUCUUCUCAGAAAUAAAAGAAGAGUUUUUCAAAGUCCCAAAGCAUUCAACGAGGCAGCUACCUGAAUUGAGAUCAAAUCUGUCAGAGCCAAAUCGAUCUUUGACGGACAGAAUUGCAAAGAAAGGAAACACACAGUCAUAUGAUUUGCAAACUCAAAUAUGGAACAGUUACCAUGUGAAACCA